AUGGGUUCUAGAGAGGGUGUGUGACAGACAGCAUUUUAGAAAAUCUUAAACCCUUUUUCAACACUACCCAGACCCAGUUGUGGGCUUUCAAGAAAUGUCGAAUAAUCCUUUAAUGCCUGGUCGUGUUGUUAUUGUUUGUGAUGCUACCAAGUACCGCAAUAAAAGAGAGCUUGAACUCACUGUUGAUAAUAUCCGAUUGAGGCGUGACAUUCUUCAUGGAGGUGAUACACUUACUCUGCUUGGAAUUCUGCAUAGGCUCCCACACCCCAUGGGUCACCAAAUGCAAGCAUCCCCUGUUUCUUUUUGGGGAACAAACAUGAGUGCAAUGAAAGACCAAGUUUCAAAAAAGGUUGGUAAGUAUGUGAACAUGCUCCUACAAAGUGCUGAAGAAUGCAAAAAUGAAAGGGUUGACAUUGAAGUCAUGAUUACUGCUGGAACUCCAAUCAAGAAGGUGGUUUUACAAGAGGUUACAGCUUGCAAUGCAACUUGGGUUGUACUCGAUUGGCACCUCAGGCGGGAUUUGAGGUUUUACCUCCAACAAAUAUCUUCGAAGGUGGCGUUAAUUCACGAUAACUUGUCUGUGGAAGUUUUGAGACCUUAUGCUACUACUGAUACGGACAAUGUGGAACAUAUUGUGGUCUAUUCUAUCUCCAAGCCUGUUCCACUGUCGGCUGUUCAAGAUAACGAGAACAAUGAGCGGUCAUGGGAGCAUCGCUUUUCAUCCGAUGAUUUGCGCACAACUCCAAAGCAAGAGAAAUCAGCUUGUGGCUUUGUGUGGUGUGUGCAACCUUUUGGGGAAUUUGAUUGGAAAUAAAAGCAAGGAUUUUUCAAGGCAAAUUUGGGGACAUGGAUGCUCUGUGAAAGAAAGUUUGAAGUUUGGCAUCUUUUUAGAUCUCUGUGUUUCCACCAUUUAGAGAGAUCCAACUUUUCUUGAUAUCUAGUGAUUGGAUGACUGUUUGUGUAACAUUUCUCUGGUCAUUUUGGUUUGAUUUUUAUUAUGUCCUUUUUAUUUGAUAGU